GCUUUGACUAAAAACAAAUGUUCUUUCUCUUUUGUAGAAGUGAAGCUGAAAGAUUAUGGAUCAGAUCUCAUUGAGGUUUCUGAUAACGGAUGUGUCACAGAAGAAGAAAACUUUGCCGGAUUAACUCUUAAACAUCAUACAUCCAAGAUACAGGAUUUCUCUCAUCUUACGCAUAUUGAAAGAUAUGGCUUUCGAGGGGAAGCUCUGAGUUCCUUGUGUGCUUUAAGCGACGUUUCCAUUUUCACCUGUCACAAGUCAGCAAAGGUUGGGACGCGGCUGGUGUUUGAUCACAAAGGGACAAUUGCCCUGAGAGUCCCUUAUCUCCGCCAACAAGGGACAGCAGUCAUUGUGCAGCAGUUGUUCCAUGCGUUGCCAGUGCGGCACAAAGCAUUUCAGAGCAACAUUAAAAAGGUAGGAGUAGUUGAAUGACGGAUCUUGGAUUUCAAGAGUGCCAAGACUACUGGUUUUAAAACUGCAAAGGAAGCCUUCUGAAGGCCUUUGUUGAGA